AUGAACAGUUUUUUUAGACAGCACAAAUAUUUUGGUACACCACUCUCUAAUAUUCAACGAAGAAAAACUGGACAAUGUGACCACCGGAUUCCUUCAUUAGUAUAUUUAUGUGUGAUGUAUAUUUGUGAACCAGAACAUAUCACUCAACAAGGAUUGUUUAGGUUAUCUGCACAGGCACAUGAAAUUGAAAAAGUAAAGAAGAUAAUAGAUCAAAAAAGUUGUCUUGGAUCAAAAAGUAUUUUAAUUAAAGCAUUUGAUAAAGACCUUGGAAUAUGUACUGCAAUUUUAAAGAAAUUUCUUUAUGAAUUACCAACACCAUUAAUCCCACAAACAAAUAUCAAAUAUUUAAGAGAUUUAAAUAAUAACCCACCAUCUGCUUCAAGACUAUUUUCUACUCUUGACCCAGCAGCUGCUGAUAUAUUAAGUUUUAUAUUAAUAUUUCUUAAUUAUAUUACUAAAUUUUCUAAUAAAAACAAAAUGAAUGCUACAAAUUUAGCCGUUUGUUUUGCUCCUGUACUUACUCGCCCUUCUGAUUCUACGUUGGUUGAGUUAAAUUCUAUUAAAACGUAUAUUGAAAUUUUAAUAGAACAUUGUGAUAAAUUAAUACCACCACAAUUAUAUGAAGUGUUUUGUGUCCCAUUUAAAACAUUUUGGAAGAAUGAUGCUGAGAGACAAAAGAAAAUUGUUCAUGUAUUACCUCAAAUUGAAACAUCAAAAGAAAUUUAUGACUAUGUUUUACAAGACAGACUAUUAUAUCAUCGUUCUGAUGAAUGGAAAGAUAUGACUUAUUCUCAACUCAUUCAAGAAUAUGAAGCAUUUAAAUUAGCUGCAUCAUAUUUCUUAUAUAAUCAAUAUUUUGUUAAUGGAAAAUGGCCAGAAGAUAAUACUUUUCAUGGAGUAAUGAUGUUAAUUGACCAGUUAAAGAAAAAAAUAAAAGAAAACGAAUCACAGGUACAACCUGAUUGUUUUCAUUCAUAUAACAUUUCUCAAUCAGAAAAAGAAAUUGCUUUACCAAAUACCUGUGAAGAACUUGCUAGUUUUAUAGCUGAUAUUCAAACAGAAAUAAUAACUAUUCAACAACGAUUAGACCAAAUGCCUGACCAUAUUAUAUUAAAGAAAAAUGGAGAUAUUCAUACGCUUGCUGAAAGAAAGUGUUUAAUUGUCAAACAACAACAUUGUGCUAGGGUAAAUAAUUAUAUUAUUGAUCAUAUUAAUGAAAUUUUAAUUCAAUUAAAAGCCUAA